CGGUCAUUCAUCUUUUUAAACAAAUCUACGGCGCAUGCGCUGUAACAACUUCCUCUUUAGCCUCCAUUUUCUGUCAUCUGCAACAAUGGGGCUCCGCUAUGAAAUGGCCAUUGGCCGGUCUAAGGGCCACCGUGUCACGAAAAUAGAAGGUGGCAGGAAAGGAAGACCAACCAGAAGGAAGGGGAGUCUGACAAAGAAGACUAAGUUCAUCCGGGACCUUGUGAGAGAAGUUGUAGGUUUUGCCCCUUAUGAGAAACGUUGCCAGGAGUUGCUUAAGAUCUCCAAGGAUAAGAGAGCCCUCAAAUUCUGCAAACGUAGGCUCGGUUCUCACAUCCGUGCCAAGAGGAAGAGGGAAGAAAUGACCCAGAUCCUCCACAAACAGAGGAAAGCACAACAGUCUACGAAGUAAACUGUACAAAUUCAAAAAUAAACAAAGGUCCUGUA